UAGAUAUACACUAUGCCUUGGCCCUUGUCUCAUUUUAUUUGUUUGUCCUUUGCUUAUAUCCUAUCAAGUCCAUGGCUUACCAUACCAUCUUUCCAAACUAUAGGUUAUUCAAACUGAUAUUUGAUGAGUUCACAGUACACAUUAUUCCAAGAGAUGCUCCUCUACUAGAAUCUAUUGGACCACAAAAGUGUCUUGCUUUCAGCACAGAUGGUGCAAAAUUUGCAAUUGGUGGAGAGGAUGGACAUCUCAGAAUAUUCCAUUGGCCAAGCAUAAAAGUGCUUUUGGAUGAGCCCAAAGCUCAUAAAUCCUUCCGAGACAUGGAUACCGGCUUAGACUCAGAGUUCUUAGUUUCAACAUCCAUUGAUGGAUAUGCAAGAAUAUGGAAGAUAGAUGAGGGCGCACCACUGGUCAAUUUGACUCAGUCCUCGGAUGAGAAGAUCGAGUGCUGCCGCUUUUCUAGGGAUGGCAUGAAACCGUUCCUGUUUUGCACUGUUGCAAAAGGUUACAAAGUUGUUACUGUUGUCUGGAAUAUAAGCGAUUGGGAGAGAAUUGGGUACAAAAGACUUCUGGGGAAGCCUAUCUCCACACUCUCAGUUAGCUUGGAUGGGAAGUAUAUGGCAUUGUGAGUGGAUGAAAUACUU